AUGUAUUCCAAUUACGGACAGCAGCAGCAGCAGCAGCCGCCGCUCGGUCAGCAGUAUGGAGGGGGUUUCAACAACAUGGGCCAGCAGCAACAGCAACAGCCCAGCCCAUUUGCGCCCCAGCCGACUGGUUACGGUCAACCGCAGCAGCAGCAGCAGUUCAACGGAUACCCCAUGCAGGCCCAGCCGACCGGCAUGCCGCAGCAGUCGCAGCCUCUCCAGCAGCAGUACACGGGCUACCCGUCGCAGGGCUUCAACGCUGGCGCGCCGCCGCCGCCCAUGCCAUCGAUACCGAGUCAAUACCAGUCGCAGUUUCAGCCGCAGCAGCAGCCGCAGCCGCAGCAGCAGCAGAGCUUCCAGUCUUCGCAUCCCACGGGCUUCUCCGCGUCACCCCAUCAGUCCUCUGGACCUACGCAACCGCCACCCGCGCCCAUGAAACCGCAGCCUACUGGUUUCACUCAGAUGGCUGCCUCGUUCCAAUCGGCUGGCGCAUCUUCCCACCCGCAGGCGACAGGGCCAGUCAAGACGAACAAGAUCCCCAACAUCCGUCUGUCAUUCAUCACCGCCAAGGACCAGGCACAGUUUGAGACUUUGUUCAAGUCGGCCGUGGGCGAGGGUUCUACCACCAUGUCUGGUGAGCGCGCUCGCGAUCUUCUUCUUCGCUCAAAGCUCGACGGUGACUCGCUCUCGCACAUCUGGACGCUGUCAGACACCACGAGAGCCGGAGAGCUCUACUUCCCCGAGUUUGCCCUAUCCAUGUAUCUGUGCAAUCUAAAACUCUCCGGCAAGACUCUCCCUCAGGUGCUGCCAGAAAACAUCAGGAAUGAAGUGUCGAGCAUGGUUGACAUUAUUGGUUUCAGUGUUGUUGACGAAUCUGGUCGCUCCGCUCCCGCCGCGACCAGUAAGCCAGACAUCCAAUCCAACAGCCAACCCACCGCCCAGCAGUUCCAGCCUCAGCCCUCCAAUUCUCAGAUUCUGCAGUCGCAAAUGACGGGUUUCCCGACUCAACAGACUGGCUUUGGCGCUCAAAACCAGAUCGUGCAGCCGCAAGCGACUGGCUACCCUGGUAUGCAAAAUAAUAUUCCGUCAACUGGGUAUGCUGGCCCUAGGCCACCGAUGCCACCGAUGCCCACGGGCUACAACCAAAGCAGCAUGGCCAUGCCCCUGAAUGCUCAGCCAACUGGUGUGCCGGGCCAAUGGGGUCUUGUUAAUGCUCCCUCAUCAGGACUACCCAAUAUUGAUGCUCUACAAGCCCAAAUGAUGCCCCAGCAAGGCCGUGAGGGUGGCUCUUUCACUACCCAAGGUCUUCAAGGUAACGCCGUUAUUCCAUGGGCUAUUACCAAAGAGGAGAAGACCCGCUACGACUCUCUGUUCCGCGCAUGGGACGGCCUUGGGAAGGGGCAUAUUCUGGGAAGCCAAGCUAUCGAGAUCUUUGGCCAAAGCGGUCUCGAGAAGCCUGAUCUGGAGCGCAUUUGGACAUUGGCGGAUCAUGGCAACAAGGGCCGCUUGGACCUUGACGAGUUCGCUGUGGCCAUGCAUUUGAUCUACAGGAAAUUGAAUGGCUACCCAAUUCCCAACACACUACCACCUGAGCUCGUCCCGCCCUCUACGCGCAACUUUAACCGAUCAAUUGGUACUCUCAAGAACAUGCUGCACGCGGAGUCCAACUUCCGCAAAGACACCGGCGCUGCUCUGCUGCCGCAAAAAACUGGUGUGAGCUACAUGAAGAACCGCUCUCUGCGUGGAAACAACUCCCCCACCACUGCGGGCCGCAAAGAUGCGACUGUAUUCAGAAACGAUGACGAGAGCUUUGGCUACAAGUCUAGUGCGCGCCGCAGAGUUGGCAACCAUGAGCGCUCAGAAUCGCCUUCAUCUGUUGGCUCCAACGAUGAGCUGACCCUGGACCAGCUCCGAAAGAAGAUCAAGGAGAAGGAGGUGCUUCUUGAUGCCAUGGACUUUCAGGACGAAAGAAACAUGGAAGAGGACGAUGUACUUGACAGGCGCGACCGCCGCGAGUCUGAGGAAUUGUACCGCCGCAUCCGACGUAUCCAGGGUGACAUUGAUGCCCAUCCCAAUGCCUCUCUGGCCAGCGGUGACUCUGAUGCUGAGAGACGUGCUCUGAAGCGUCAGCUCCAAAAUCUUCUUGAUAAGGUGCCUGACUUGGCUUCGCAAGUUCGCAAGACCGAAAAGGCCAUUAUGGAUGCCAGACUUGAGUUGUUCCGUCUCAAGGACGCCAAAGCGAACCCUGGUAGUGCCUCAACAAUUGCUGGAACUGGCCCAGGUGGCAUUGUGACCGAGUCUGAUAGACUAAAGGCACGAGCCAAGGCCAUGAUGCAGCAGCGCACCGCUGCGCUGACGGGCAAGAAGAUUGAUGUUCCGGUUGAUGACGACUCCGCUUCCAAGCGUCUGGAAGAAGAGAACAUCAAGGUGAAGAAUGAGAAGGAAAGCAACGAGAGAAUGGUGCGCGAUGUCGAGGAAAGCGUCGGCGAGUUUGCGCGCGGCAUCGAAGAUAGUCUCAAGGACGGUGCUCGCGAUAAGAGUAGCGAGCAUGAGAAGCGCCGAUGGGAGGAUGCUCUAGGUGUCGAGGAUGAAGUGCGUGACUUUAUCUUUGACCUUCAGCGCGAAAGCCGUUCUACCCGCGUCCGCUCCCAGGAUAAGCGCACGGCUCGGCCUGCGGCGACUGAGCAGCCACGUCAAGAGCGCGCUGCUCCCUCAUCAGCUCGUGUUGAUUCCCCCGUGUCGACCUCACGAACAUCUACACCUCCCGCUGCUGGUGGUUCCUACGCGGCUUACAAAACACCAGAGGAGCGUGCCGCCUUCAUUAGGCAGCAGGCGGAGCAGCGCAUGGCUGAGCGUUUGGCUGCUCUCGGUAUCAAGGCUCCUUCCAAGCCGGGCGAGAGCGCGGCUCAGCGUGCUGAACGCGAGAAGGCGGAGCGAGCAGCCAAACUUAGGCAGGCUGAAGAGGAGGAUGCGCGCAGAGAGACGGAGCGCCGUUCCAGAUUAGCAGACGAGCAAGGUGUGCCUCCACCUGCUGCCGAGACACCCAAGCCGGCGCCCCCCCCUCCUCGAAAGGCGCCCAAGGCCGAUGCAGCCGAGACCCAGGCAGUGGAGCAGAAGCUUGCCGAAGAGCAUCAGCAGCAGCAGCAGGAAGCUAGCAAAAUGCAGGAUGCCGUGAAGGAGGAAGCAGACGAAUACGCCAAGGAGCAGCAAGCUACCGAAGCACGCCUCAAGGCAUUGGAGGAACAGGUGAGACAGGGCAAGCUACGCAAGGAAGAGGAGAAGAAGAGAAAGAAGGCUGCUCUGGCCGAGGCCAAGGAGAAGGAGAGCAGGCUCGCUGCCCGACGAGCAGAGGCGGAAGCUGCCAAGCAACGCGAGCUCGAGCUGCAGCGCCAGCUCGAGGCCAUGGAGGAUGACGAUUCAUCUUCCGACGACGACGGCCCUGAACAAGUCACGCCGAUGGAGUCAUCGGAGCGCAGCGUGGAUGAAGAGCCUCCCCGAUCUGCACCCCCACCGCCGCCCAUGCCUGUUGCCUCACCGCCGCCACCCACGAUUGUGACGUCGCCGCCGGCAGUCGAGACGGAGAGCAAGAAUCCAUACAAGAAGAUGAUGUCGCAGCCCUCCGAGGCGACCUUUGCUGCGACCGCCACGUCUCCCGAGGCCGCGCCUGCUGCGGCCGCGACCCCUCCUCCCGUGCCCAAGGCGGCCGCGCCACAGGCCGCCGACGCGUCGACUAAUCCCUUUCACCGCAUGACCCAGCAAGGUGGUGGUGGUGGUGGUGCUCUUGCCACGACUGCUGCUCCGCAGGCUCCCAUCUCGCGCAAGAGAGCAGACUCGUGGGACUGGGGCUCGGACAGGGACGACGACGACGACGACUCUGAUGAUGAGAGGCCGGGCGGUGGCAACGCGGCCCAGCUCGCGUCGAUUUUGUUUGGCACCAUGGCACCGCCGCGACCGCUCUCGGCGGCCGGCAGGGACUCGAAGCCGGCCAGCCCAGCGCCGGCCAGAGACGCGCCCAUUGCGUCACCCCCUCCCCCUCCUCCUAUGCCCGGUGCUGGCUCGGAUGCACCCUCUGGCCCGCCGCCGCCGCCUCCCAUGCCUGGCAUGGCAGCUCCUCCUCCGCCACCUCCUCCUGCUGGAGCUGGGUUCCUGGGUCAAAUUCAAGGCGGCUUGAAGUUGAAGAAGACGCAGACCAAGGAGUCAUCUGGAUCGACUGUUGGAAAAGUGCUGGAUUAG